AUGGGGACCAUUCUCGCUGUCCUGUGCUAUUCUACAGCCGUCCUUGGCAAGCUGGCUGAUCCCGGGGGCCCAAGGAAACUGCACCACGAUGUGGCGGACAGCUUCAAGGUGUUCCUGAGCUUUCCGAGUGCUGUGGCGGUCGUAGACACCGACAACGACACCAUGUUUAACUGCUGGACGGCGCAGCGCACGCAGAUCGACCAUGAUGCGAGAACGGCGACGUAUGCGGCUCGUUUUCCGACGGUUCGAAGAACCAUUCCGUUCCACGUCAAAGCCGAAAAGAACUCUCCAAAGUUCACUUUUACACUCGAUGAUGUUUACUUCAUGGACUAG